CUCGGCGGGCCAUGGCGCCCUGGGCGGGCGGCGAGCCGUGGGCGCUGUCGCCGCUGCGCGCGCUCUGGCUGGCGCUCGCCGCCGGCUUCCUGCUCGCCCUGCUGCUGCAGCUGCUGCCGCCCGGCCUGCUGCCGACCCACGCGCUCUUCCAGGACCUGAUCCGCUACGGGAAAACCAAGCUCGGGGCGCCGCCGCGCCCGGCCCUCUGCCGGGCCUUUGAUGUCCCCAAGAGGUACUUCUCACACUUCUACGUCGUCUCGGUGCUGUGGAACGGCUUCCUGCUCUGGCUCCUGUCUCAGUCUGUGUUCCUGGGCGUUCCCUUUCCACACUGGCUGCAUGGCUUGCUCACAGUUCUGGGGGCCACGCAGUUUUACAAGAAAGAAUUGAAGGUGAAAGCUGUACAAGUGCCCACUGCGGGCGGCGAGGGCACGCUGUCGGUGCUGCUGGUGCUGGGCUGCCUCUGGCUGCACAGCGCGCGGCGCCUCUUUGAGUGCUACUGCGUCAGCGUCUUCUCGCACGCCGUCAUGCACCUGGUGCACUACUGCUUCGGGCUGGCCUACUACGUGCUGCUGGGCCUGACGGUGCUCACCCAGGCGCCGCUGGACGGCCACCACGUGUACAUGAUAGGCAAGAACCUGCUGAGACAGGCGCGAUGGUUCCACAUCCUGGGCACAUUGCUGUUCAUCUGGUCGUCCGCCCAUCAGUACAGGUGCCAUGUCAUCCUAGGCAAGCUCAGGAGGAACAAAGCAGGCGUGGUCAUCCACUGCCAGCACAGGAUCCCCUUCGGAGACUGGUUUGAAUACGUGUCUUCGCCCAACUACUUGGCAGAGCUGCUGAUCUACGUGUCCCUGGCCGUCACCUUCGGGUUGCGCAACUUCACGUGGUGGCUGGUGGUGACCUACGUCUUCUUCAGCCAGGCCCUGUCUGCCUUGCUCAGCCACAGGUUCUACAGAAGCCAGUUUGUCUCCUACCCGAAGCGUAGGAAAGCGUACCUGCCAUUUGUGUUUUAGGAGAUGCUCGGGCCGGAAGACCCCGCACCGCAGCACUGCCAUGCAGGUUCAUUCCCGGCCUUGGGACAGUCUGCAGGCCCCAGGAGAAGCUUCUGUGGGACCAUUUGAAACUGUGAAGAGUUUUCUAUGCUGAAAAGUCAUUCCUGAGAGAGCAAAGGUUUGCCCUUCAAGAAAAUGCAAUCUGUAAGGCGUCUUCAGUAAAUGGUUGGCAGCCCUAGGGGUGCAGUGUCUGCCCUCUCAGAUGCCAGCAACCCCAAAAUGAGACUCCUGUGCAGGCAACUUCCAAGCGCAGGAACCAAGGGAUGCGGUGUUACACCUGUGCAUGCUCCCAUGCAGCAAGUACACACACACACACACACACACACACACACACAUGCACACGCACACACAUGCACACAC